AUGCCGACCUUGCCUUUGUCGAAAUAUAUUGAUGAACUAAAAGCUCUUGAGGGGCUCCUCGCUGUAGAUGGGAAGCCUCGUAUGUUGAAGUUUGUUGGUGAUCAGCUGUAUUGGCUGCAGGGUAUGGAUCAGGAACUUUACAGUGUAAAUAUUGCAGAUCACAACGCAACCCCGAGUCGCGUCAUUGAUCGCUGUCGGAAAGGUUGCACAGCUGCAGAAGGCAAGGAAGGUUCCACUGUUGAGACAAAGGAGGAGGAGUUGCUGCGGGAGCGGCUGCGAUCUCGCGUGACGGGCAUCAGCAGCUACCGUGUACGGUGCAGGGACGGUGCUGUUUUCUUCACAAGUGGAGCAAACAUAUUUCUAUACCGCCCCGCAAGCGGCAAACCACCGCUGAAAGUACUUGACUAUAUCGGUGAUGAGGAACUGAAGCAACGCUUCUCCUCAGAGAAGAAACCAUUUCUCUGCAUUGAAUACUUUUCCCACUUGGCGAAUGAUGCGGGUGCAUGUGAUUCAACCAAGGAGCGUGCCGACGUGAUCUCUUUUGUGUACAGCAAUAACUUGUAUAUUGCGACCGUUGUGGAAGGUAGUGGUGAGGCCAGCCACUCAAGGGAACCACCCUUGAGGGUGAAUGUGGAAUGCGUGACAACUUUCGGCGACGAGUUACACAGUUGUGGGGACGCCGACUACAUUAUCCAGGAGGAAUUCGGUCGUUACACCGGGCACUACGCCACAGCUGAAUAUGUGCUGUUCAGCUAUACAGACGUGUCCAUGCUGCGCGAGGUGAUGCUAAUUGACGGUUCGACUGACUCUGGUGUGGAAAAGAUGCCGUACUGCCGUGUUGGUGACCCGAAUGCCCGCACUGUGCUCGUAGUGUACGAAAGGCGGACAAAGCGUUAUCGUGUUGUCCCGAGCAGUGCUAUUGCAGCCAUUGCACCGUGGGCGGAGUACAUGCCUCGGUUUGGGUUUAAGGACGAACACACCAUUUACUUUUCUGUUCUCAGUCGCACGCAGGAGAAAAUGUCUCUCCUUUCGUGCCGUAUUAACUCUCUACCUGUUGUUGAUGCGGAAGCACUUGCAUCGUGCUUUUCCGAAGCAGCGCGUGACACUGAUGUCGCAGCGGUGGCUGCAGGAACAACACUGGCUACCCGUGCGGCGACAGUCAAUCUCACCACAGAGUGGCACCAGCAUAUACCGUGGGCAUGGGUAGAUGUCCAACCCGGUGUCGCACUUCACCUUUGCGGCAAGUAUGAAGUGCUCGUUCGCCACGCCAAUGAGAGUGAGAGUGCGCACAGUCAUGUGUACGCCCGUGCUCAAGGGGGUGAUGAGGGUUCGUGGCGACCACUUACCUGUGGCGCUUGGAACGUGAGAGCUGGAGGCCUUAUAGUGAAGGACGACAGGGUUUUCUUCCUUGCUAAUGCAAGAAACAGGCUGGAGAGUGUGCUAUACAGCGUUGUGAUAAACCUGGAUGCAGGUCCUGUUUCUGCCGAGGAGCUGACACAGCUAACACCCUCCGGCGAGCACGUGUACUCUUUCGCAGUGUUGAACAAUACACUUUGCUAUGUGUCGAGCACUGCGACCACACCAGCAGAGCUUCACAUCUCCUCAAUAAACAACCCUGGAAGCCGCUGGGUCGUUCCGACGCGGCAUCUGUGGGAUGAUACCAGCGAAAAGGCAGUCACCCCACGUACAACGCUCGAGGGACUCACCGUCCCGCACAUUAUCAACAUCGUGAACCGCCGUGGUGUUCCACUCAGUGGCCGACUGUUUGUAUCUCCUCACGCGGCACUAGGUAAGCUGAACCCUUUAGCAAUGUAUAUCUAUGGUGGUCCCCACGCACAACUCGUGUACGACAGUGACUUCGACGGUGCCUGCAAGCCAAUUUUCCAGAUGCUGGCGAGCUUUGGUAUAUCCGUACUUGUCGCUGACGGUCAAAUGAGCAAUGCGAAUGGCCUACGGGACCAUAGCAUCUGCAAGCACAGCAUGGGGAGCUUUGAGACCUCCGAUUACGUGGAUUGGGUGCGGCACAUGACAAACUGCAAGGAACUACCGUGUGGGUUUUGUGCGGAUCCUGAACGGGUUGCCAUCUUCGGCUGGUCGUAUGGAGGUUAUGCAACACUGCUUGCAAUGUCGCAGGCUCCAGAUGUGUUUAAGAUAGGGUUUGCAGGGGCACCUGUGGGGGAUUGGACUCUCUAUGACACUGGAUACACAGAGCGCUAUAUGGGUCUGCUGCACACCAACGCUGAUGGAACAUCAGGCAGCAAGGGUGACGCUACUGCCAAAUGCGCCAUAAGUGAUGCCUACACGAGGAGUGCCAUUAAGGCUUUUGCCUCCAACUUUCCAGAGGAACUGAACCGCGUUUUCAUAGCCCAUGGGUUGCUUGACGAGAACGUUCACUUCUGUCACACGAGCGUUGUGGUUAAUGCCAUGAUCGACGCGGGCAAACCGUGCUGCAGCGUUGUUUACCCUGGUGAGCGCCACUCCCUUCGGAAGAAGAAGGCAUCGCGACUACACCAUGACGCGAUGCUCGCAAAGACACUUAUGGAGGUGCUUUAA